AAAUUUAAAAGCCUUCCUAUUCUAAGACAAAAAUAAAAACAAAAAAGAAAAGAAAAUUGGAAAAGUAAGAAAGCUGUUUCUGUGAACUAAACCCAUUUUCCCCCAUUACUCCAUUUUUGAAGCCCUAAAUUACUGAAAAAUUUCUGAGAGGAAAAUUAAACAAAGAAAUCUGAGCAAGUAGACGAAGGCAGCACUCAAGCGGUGGCUGGUUGCUUGAAUUUCAGGCGGUAAUUGCGAGUUUCAGGAGGUGACUGCGAAUUUCAGGCGGUGGCUGUGAGUUUCAGGCGGUGGCUGCGAGUUUCAGGCGGUGGCUGCAAGUUCCGACAACUCCCAUUUUCAUCUUGCAUGUUCCUGCCUUGUGGUUGAUUGCUCGAAUUGCUGUUUAAGAUGAAGGGGAGUAAAGCAAAAGCAUUUAAUUCCCAAAGUCAUCUUCCAGACUAUGAGUUACAAAGGCUCAGAAAAUUGAAGCAUAAUGCUGAAAGAAUGUCAGCCCAAGGAUCGAGAUCGUUGGCGAAUAAGAUACUACAGCAAAAAACACGCGACAUACUUUGUUCGAGUGUGAGGCAGACAGAUGAUGGCUCCUCAGAAGACUUUGAUACGGAACAGGAAACUCUUGGUAGUGAAAAAAGACAAGUAUGUGAAAAGGUCUCUUCUCAACAACAUCCAGUUCCUACACGGGAAAUUCAAAGGAAGCAGCAAGAACAGCAAUUGGGGUCAACAAAGGCAUCUGUGAAGAAAAGAGCGUUCUGUUCUCCUGGCUCAAUGUCAGCCUACCUCGAGUUUCGAAAACGACAAAAGGAUGAAGCGCUGAUGAUGAGCAGUGAGGUGCAUGAAAAAGGGCAAAAUUAUGAUGCUGAGCAGCUGAAUGAGACCGAUUGUGCUCUUCAGUUCGAUUGUGAGGGCAAUGAUGAGGGCAAUGAAGCAGCGGAACGAGCAUUUAUGGCACAGUUUGGAAUGGAAGAAACAGCAGGUGAAUUGUCCUCGAAAAGGAAAAAAACAUCGAGGUCGAACAAUGCUCCACAGAGUUCACGCACGUUCAAGAGAGGAGCGUCCUGUGAUUGUUCUGAACUCAUUAGGUCAGCCAGUUGGACCUACUAAGGAGAUUGUGCAAGAGUUGAAGUUUUUUCUGGGAACGGUGGCAAGGGAUUCCGAACUUGCACCGCUUAACUACAGAAAUUUUCCUAGCCUAUCGACACUUGAUAAGAUAUUGGAUUAUGUCCAGGUAGUAUACAAUGAUAUUGUUGCAUUGCACGUACACCUCCACACGUUACUAAUGUUUUAGCUUGAACAGGAGAAGUAUAUGGUCCCCCAUGUCGGGUUAAAUUGGGUGAUGGAUGCUGUAAAUAGUUGUUGGAAAUAUUAUAAAUGCCAAAUCAAGAAGAAACACUUCUAUGCAUAUGAUACGGAUGAUUUAAGGUG